AUGGUCUCCUGGCCUCAGCUGUCCCAGUGUGCCGGGCUGCGGGAUACCGUGGCAACACCAUGGGUUCCUGGUAUCACCAUCGCCACAGACAUCAUCUGUGGUUUCCCAGGGGAGACGGAUGCUGACUUCCAGGAGACAUGUGACCUAGUGAAGGAGUAUCGCUUCCCCAGCCUCUUCAUCAACCAGUUCUACCCCCGGCCUGGCACCCCCGCCGCCAAGAUGGACCAGGUCCCCGCCCAAGUGAAAAAACAACGAACCAAAGAGCUGUCGGCCCUGUUCCACUCCUAUAACCCCUACGACCACAAGAGGAUGUGA